AUGUGGUCUCCAGGGACAGAGCAGGGGCGGGGUGCUCCCCACCCCAGCCAGAAGGCAGGGCAGAGGCAGCAUGGGCUGUGGCCCCCAGUGGUGACCGGCCCUGCCAUGGGAAACAACAGUUCUCACAGGAGGACCAAAGUGCCCAAGCAGGCCCGCAGGGAGAGCCCACCUGACAUGGGCAAGGCUGGGCGGAAACCGUUCUUUAGCCACUUCAAGAGGAAGAAGCCAAGUGCCAAGAUCGUGCUGCUGUUCCCCGCGGACAAGCUGCAGCAGCCGGCCGAGGUGGCGGCGGGCGCGGGCGCGGGCGCGCGGCCCGGGCGGCCCCGCGAGGACGCGGCGGGCAUCCCCGGGGGCUCCCCGGCGGCGGCGCCCACGCUGCGAGGAGCGGGCGACGGCGCGGCCCCGAGCGAGGGCGCACGCGCGCGCGAGAUGAAGACGAUCCUGGCGCUGCUGCUGCUGCUGCUGCUGCUGGACGCGCGGCUGCGGGAGGAGAGGCGCUGCGCGGCGGGGGGCGGCGCGGGCGGGCGAAGAGGGCCAGAAGCGGCUGGAGCCAGGCGAGAGCGGAGGACACUUGGAAGAGGCGGGGCCUCGGGGCCGCGGGCGGAGCCAGAAGCUGCAAAGAGCCGUCCAGGCCGGCGGAAGAGUGGAAGCUCGGGCCCAGGGGCUGCAGCCAAGAGAGCGCGCUCGUUCCGCAGCAGAGGCCGGGGCUUCGGCCGGGAGCCAGAGCCGAGAGCCGAGAGCCGAAAGGCAGGCCUCCAGCUCCAGCGGGGCCAGCGGCGGCGGAGCCUCAGGGCCGGGCCGCCGAACGCCACGGCGGCCUCGCUGGGCGGCAGCGGGCGGCUCCGACGGCCGCCGCCGGGGGGCCGCGUGGCGGUGGUGCUGGACCAGGGCUCGGGCUUCGUCAAGGCGGGCUUCGCGGGCGAGCAGCAGCCGCGCCUGGUGCUGAAGAGCUCCAGCCCGGGGCCCGGCGCACUGGGCUGCGAGCUGGGGGACGGGGGGGCGCGGGCGCACCCCAUCAAGCACGGCGUGGUCGUGGACUGGCAGGCGCUGGAGGGGCUGUGGGAGCGCCUGCUGGUGGGCGGCCUGCGGGUGUGCCCGGAGCGGUGGCCCGUGCUGGUGAGUGACUCGCCGUCGGCGCCGCCCGCGGGCCGCGAGAAGGUAGCCGAGCUGCUGUUCGAGGCCCUGGCGGUGCCCGCGUGCCACAUGGCCAGCUCCGCGUUGCUGGCGCUCUGCUCCGCCGGCGCGUUCAGCGGGCUGGCCGUGGAGGCAGGCGCGGGCGUGUGCCACGCCACGCCCAUCUAUGCGGGCCACUCGUGGCAGGAGGCCACCUUCCGGCUGGACGUGGCAGGCAGCACCCUGUCGCGCUACCUGCGGGACCUGCUGGUGGCAGCGUUCCCCGACCUACAGCUGCGGGCCCUGCCCCGCAAGGCUAUCACACAGCUCAAGAAACGCUGCUGCUAUGUGUCGCUGGACUUUGAGGGUGACCUUCUUAACCCUGACCGCCACCACCCGGCCACUUUCUGCUUAGGCAAUGGCUGCUCUGUCUGUCUCAGCAGCGAGCGCUUCCGCUGCCCCGAACCCAUCUUCCAGCCGCGUCUGCUAGGCCAGACCAAGCCAGGACUGCCUGCACUGGUCUUCCAGGCAUUGCAGAAGGUUCCUGCAAGGCUACGCACUCGGCUCGCUGAUACCGUGGUGCUGGCCGGUGGCUCCACACUCUUCCCCGGCUUCACUGAGCGCCUGGAAAUGGAGCUGGAGGCACAGUGCCGGAGGCAUGGCUAUGGGGCCCUGAGGCCGCACCUGGUGGCCAAGCCUGGGCGUGGCACAGCAGUAUGGACAGGCGGCUCCAUGGUGGCCUCCUUGCGCUCCUUCCAAUGCCACUGGAUAACCCGGGCCAUGUACCAGGAGUAUGGCUCCAGGCUAGUGCAUGAAGUGUUCAACUGAGUUAUGCUGUACCGGAGGGUGGGGCCCCAUGAGCAGCUGCAGAGGCAGAGGCUUGGUGGGCUGCCCUAUAGCUCUAUCAGAGGCACUGAGUUCCAGAUAAAAGUCUCAAGUGA